AGAAAAUUGACAAAACCGCGUCGUUUGGCAGAAGUGCAUACCAGCAAAAUCUGCUGUUCUUCCGGAAAAGCAGAGGAGCCCACCCCUGGCAAGAUUACCCUUUUCACAGUCAAACAACCCGAAACACAGAUCCAUCAUCACCUCAAGAACAACAAAAAAUACCACAACUGAGAGACACAGAGAAAUGGGUGCUGUGAUCAAGCUCGUAGACGCAAUACUCUUCUUCUUCUUCUUGCUCAUAGCUGUGGUAGCUCCACUCUUUGACGCCCAGAGUUGCCUCCCUCGAGACCUCUACCCGGAUUAUCUCGUCGACCUCAACACCUGGUAUAGCCGCGAGUACGGCGAUUACUUGAUCUCUGAGAAGCCCAACUUCUUCGUCGGCCUUGUCUGGCUCGAGCUUCUCUUCUUGUGGCCUCUUUCCAUCGCCAAUCUCUACGGCAUUGUCGCCGGAAAGUCUUGGCUUAGAACCACUAGCUUGAUCUAUGGCGUUUCCAUUUCCACUUCCAUGGUUGCCAUCCUAUCAGAAUUGAAGGGAUCCGGUAAAGCACCAGAUAAACUGUUGAUGGUGUACUACCCUUUCCUGGGUUUAUCUGUUUUAGCUAUUUUGCGUGGUCUGCUACCACGUUCUGGGAAUACUCCUGCAAUUGGCACUAGACCUGCACUGAUUAGGAAAAAGAAGGCUUGAAAGCUUUCAACUCAGCAUUAAGCGGCUCAGUGUUUGUGUUUGUUCUUUGUCAUCGAUUUCUAAAGUUUUUUUUACCCCAAUUUUGCUGUUGGAUGCUUAAGAUGAGAUUGUUUGUGAGGAAUUGUCAAUUUUGAUAAAAUUCUUUCCAAUUGCACUGUUGGUGAGAAUAAUAAUUCUGUCCAAUCAAAUGUAAGUGGCACCUAUUUGUUUGCAUGAAAAUAUUGUCACAUUUUAUUCCGUAACUUGGUG